CGGAGCCUGCGUGCGCACUGGAGCAAGGUGCCACUUACCCGAGGACUUUGGCUUGGACUGGGCCGGAGCAGGAGCGUGCCAUGUUCGCAUCGCGCCGUGAAUCGUGAGAAUUUGCAGGAAAAAAGCCACGAAACGCGCUGCGCUUUGAGCUUUAACGUGUCCGGAUCUGUCGAGGGGCGAUGCGCACGGCUCUUUUCCCUUAAACUGUAACGUUUCAGGUGUUUGCGACGCCACGAGACUGGGGAUAUUUCAGCAGGACACAUUUUUGAGCUGUUUUUUUGUGGCUGUAGUCGUUUUACGCAGGACCACAGCCCCGCGGCGACGCUCCGGCUCGAGCAGAAUCUGUGAGCGCGCGGGACUCGCCUCUGACCGGAGUUGGAGUCUUCUUCUGAGUCUUCUGGAGUGUUCAUCAUGGGCCACGGCGCACGGACACACCGGGACCUGGGAGCUGGAGCCCGGGCGCACGGACACGGCGCACAGAUGCUGCAAACUCUGCGCUGGUUGUGUCUUUUCCUGCUGCUGGAAACCGCCUCAGCUCAAGUUCCGGUGGACGACGACUUCAUUGGCCUCGGAGAGCUCCCGGAGACCUUCCCGUCGGACCCCCCGGAGCCCCUGCCCGUGUUCCUGAUGGAGCCGGAGGAGGCCUACAUCGUGAAGAACAAACCCGUCAACCUGUACUGCAAAGCCACGCCCGCCACGCAGAUAUACUUCAAGUGCAACAGCGAGUGGGUCCACCAGAAGGAGCACACGGUGGAGGAGCGCGUCGACGAGAACUCAGGUUUGGUCGUCCGAGAGGCGAGCAUCGAGAUCACCCGGCAGCAGGUGGAGGAGCUGUUCGGCCCGGAGGACUUCUGGUGUCAGUGCGUGGCGUGGAGCUCCGCCGGAACGACCAAAAGCCGCAAAGCCCACGUCCGCAUCGCUUAUUUAAGAAAAACCUUCGACCAGGAGCCUCUGGGUAAAGAAGUGUCCCUCGAACAGGAAGUCCUUCUGCAGUGCCGUCCCCCUGAAGGCAUCCCCGCCGCCGAGGUGGAGUGGUUGAAGAACGAGGAGGUGAUCGACCCGGCGGACGACCGAAACUUCUACAUCACCAUCGACCACAACCUCAUCAUCAAACAGGCGCGGCUCUCCGACACGGCCAACUACACCUGCGUCGCCAAGAACAUCGUAGCCAAGCGGCGAAGCACCACCGCCACCGUCAUCGUCUACGUGAACGGCGGCUGGUCCACGUGGACGGAGUGGUCAGUGUGUAACAGCAAGUGUGGACGCGGCUACCAGAAACGCACGCGGAGCUGCACCAACCCGGCGCCGCUCAACGGAGGGGCCAUCUGCGAGGGACAGGGCAUUCAGAAGCUGGCGUGCAACCCGCUGUGUCCAGUGGAUGGCCUGUGGACAGAUUGGAGUAAGUGGUCCACGUGUGGGACAGAGUGCACCCACUGGAGACGGAGGGAGUGCAACGCCCCGGCGCCCAAAAACGGGGGGAAAGACUGUGAGGGAAUGGUGCUCCAGUCCAAGAACUGCACGGAUGGGCUGUGUAUGCAGAGUUCCUUAUAUCAGAAGUCCUCAGAGCCAAAAGACACCAGUCAGUUGGGAGCUCCAUUGGCGCCCAGCACGGACGACGUGGCCCUGUACGUCGGGAUCGUCAUAGCGGUCAUCAUGUGCCUGGUCAUCUCCGUGGCCGUGGCGCUCUUCGUUUACAGGAAGAACCACCGCGACUUCGACUCCGACAUCAUCGACUCGUCCGCGCUCAACGGAGGGUUCCAGCCAGUCAGCAUCAAGACGGCGCGCAAAGCAGAUCUCCUGACCGCUCCUCCUGACCUCACGUCUGCGGCGGCCAUGUACCGCGGGCCGGUGUACGCCCUUCACGACGUGGCCGACAAAAUCCCGAUGACCAACUCUCCUCUGCUGGACCCUCUGCCCAACCUGAAGAUCAAGGUGUACAACUCCUCUGGACUGGUGACCCCGCAGGACGACCUCGGGGGGGAGUUCUCCUCCAAACUCUCCCCUAAGUUACCCCACAGCCUCCUGGACCAGAGCGACACCAUGGGGCGGCGCACGCAGACGCUGCUGCGGACCCGGGACCCCUCCUGCACCGCCGUGGGGUCCUUCAGCUCGCAGGGCGGGCACCUCAUUGUGCCCAACUCAGGGGUGAGCUUGUUGGUUCCAGCGGGCGCCGUCCCUCAGGGCCGAGUCUACGAAAUGUACGUGACCGUCCAGAGGAAGGACAACAUGAGACCCUCGUUGGACGACGGACAGACCGUGUUGAGUCCGGUGGUCAGCUGCGGGCCCCCCGGAGCCCUCCUGACCCGACCCGUCAUCAUCACCAUGCACCACUGCGCCGUGUGCGACGGACAGCAGGACUGGCUCAUCCAGCUCAAGAGUCUGUCGCCGCAGAACCAGUGGGAGGACGUGGUCGUGGUCGGCGAGGAGAACUUCACCACGCCCUGCUACAUCCAAAUGGACGACGAGGCCUGUCACAUUCUCACCGAGACGCUGGGGACGUACUGUUUGGUGGGACAGUCUCUGAGCGCGUCCACCACCAAACGCCUCAAACUCGCCAUUUUCGGGCCCGUGACCUGCCCCGCCAUGGAGUACCACAUCCGAGUCUACUGUCUCGACGACAACCAGGACGCGCUGAAGGAAGUUCUACAAAUGGAAAAACAAAUGGGGGGGAAGUUGCUGGAUGAACCAAAGACCCUUAACUUCAAAGACAGCACCCACAACCUGAGACUGUCCCUCCACGACGUCCUGCACACGUCGUGGAAGAGCAAAUUAGUGGCGAAAUAUCAGGAGCUGUCCUUUCAGCAGGUGUGGACAGGUUCUCAGAGGAACCUUCACUGCUGCUUCACCCUGGAGCGGUUCUGCCUCAGCACGGUGGAGCUGAGCUGUAAAGUCUGUGUCCGGCAGGUGGAGGGAGAGGGUCAGAUCUUCCAGCUGGACACCACACUGUCAGAGGAGUCUCAAAGUAUCGACACGUCGCUACUGGACCCGGCGAGUAACAUCACCACGCUGGUCGGACCCAACGCCUUCAGGAUCCCCGUGUCCAUCAGGCAGAAGCUGUGCGGGAGUCUGGACGCUCCACAGACGAGGGGCAACGACUGGAGGAUGUUAGCCCAUAAACUCAAUCUGGACAGGUAUCUCAACUACUUCGCCACCAAAUCCAGUCCGACGGGCGUCAUCCUGGAUCUGUGGGAAGCUCAGCAUUUCCCCGACGGAAACUUGAGUCGCUUGGCCCAGGUGUUGGAGGAGAUGGGCCGCCAUGACACUCUGGUUCCCUCCAACACUGAGCACUGACGUUUACCCACCAGGGACCCGCGCAUCCCGGAGAGGAGGGAAAACGCUCCUAAAGACGGGGCCGUAUCCGAAAGCUGAAAAGUCGUUUGGCAUCGGCGUGACAUAAACAGAAACACGUCGAGUCCCUUUGAAGUGGAAGAAAGCGCUAGGUCUGCUAAGCCAUGACCCAGUUAAACAUUGGCAACAAAGGGUGUAAAAACUUGGAGGGGUAAACACAAAUCUCUGCCAGUCAUUCCUCUCCCGCUCUGCCUCUUUCUCUCUUUCUCUCUUUCUCUUUCUUUCUCUCACUGCUACAACAAA